AUGAGAAUAGAAAAAUGUUUCUUUUGUUCAAGUAACAUUUAUCCAGGACAUGGUACGAUUUUUGUAAGAAAUGACUCUACAGUUUUUAGAUUCUGUAGAUCUAAAUGUUCUAAAGCUUUCAAAAAGCGUAAGAAUCCUCGUAAAGUUAAGUGGACGAAAAUAUCAAGAAAAAUUAGAGGAAAAGAACUUCUUCAAGAUAAAGUAUACGAAUUUGAACAUAGACUACAAGCACCGCCUUUAUAUGAUAGAGAACUUGUUAACAAUACUGUAGAAGCCAUACCAAGAAUAUCAUACAUCAGAAGUAAGAGAGAGGCAAUGUUUAUAAAAAACAGAAUAUUAAGUAAUAAAGAAAAAAUGAAAGAAGAUGAACUAAGAAUAUUAGACAAGCAUAAAAAUUUAUUAGAAGAUAGUCAUAAAAAUGUGCUGGAAGAUAAGACUUUAGAAAUAGAACAUGAGAAGAAAGUUGUUAAAAAACAUGCACAAACUAAUUAA